AUGUGGCUGAAGCCUGAGGAGGUGCUGCUGAAAAAUGCCCUCAAGCUGUGGGUGCAGGAGCGCUCCAACCAGUACUUCGUGCUGCAGAGGCGGCGAGGCUACGGCGAGGAGGGCGGAAGCGGGCUGGCAGGUCUUCUUGUGGGAACAUUAGAUGCGGUGUUGGAUUCUACAUCGAAAGUUGCUCCAUUUCGCAUCCUGCAUCAGACACCAGACUCCCAAGUCUACUGGUCCAUUGCAUGUGGAUCCAGCAGAGAAGAGAUAACAGAACACUGGGACUGGUUAGAACACAAUGUUAUGACAACUUUAUCAGUAUUUGAUUCAAAUGAAGAUAUUACAAGCUUUGUCCAGGGAAAGAUAAGAGGCUUGAUUGCUGAAGAGGGAAAAGGUUCUUUUGUAAAAGAAGAUGAUCCUGAGAAGUUUCGUGAAGGUCUUAUGAAGUUUGAAAAAUGUUUUGGAUUGCCUGAGCAGGAGAAGUUGGUUACCUAUUACUCAUGCAGUUACUGGAAGGGCAGAGUGCCCUGUCAGGGAUGGCUUUAUCUUAGUACCAACUUCCUUAGCUUUUACUCGUUUUUGCUGGGAGCAGAAGUAAAACUUAUUAUCUCCUGGGAUGAAAUAUCAAAACUUGAGAAGACUUCCAAUGUGAUUCUGACAGAGAGCAUUCAUGUGUGCGCCCGUGGGGAAGAUCAUUAUUUUUCCAUGUUCCUGCACAUUAACGAAACAUUCCUUCUCAUGGAGCAGCUGGCAAACUAUGCUGUUAGGAGACUUUUUGACAAGGAGACAUUUGAAAAUGAUGUUGUCCUUCAUGACCCCCUGCAGAUCACCAAGAGAGGCCUAGAGAGCCGUGCCCACAGUGAGCAAUUUAGUGCAUUCUUCAGGCUACCCAAAGAAGAGACAUUGAAAGAAGUUCAUGAGUGCUUCUUAUGGGUCCCUUUCAGUCAUUACAAUACUCAUGGGAAAAUGUGCAUUUCAGAAAACUACAUCUGCUUUGCUAGCCAGGAUGGCAGCCUGUGCAGUGUGAUCAUUCCAUUAAGAGAGGUUACAGGGGUGGAUAAGGCAGAUCCAGCCAACAGGGGAAUCAGCAUCAGUACCAAAGGAAAAACAGCUUUUCGUUUCACAGAGCUUAGAGAUUUUGAACAGCUGGUGGCCAAGCUCAGAAUGAAAUGCAAUGCAACUGCAAGUCCACAACACAUCAUAAAUCCGGAGGUUACAGCCAGUUCUGCCUCUGACAGCCCAAAGGAUUUGGAUGGAGGACCAUCAAAGAUGGGUCAGAAAGAUAACAGCAAAACUGUUGGUACAGAAGCCCUGAUGACUGUCUACCAUCCUCAGGAUGCUGAGAAUCUAGACUCUAAAAUGCUGAAAGAAAAAAUGAAGGAACAGUCCUGGAACAUCCUCUUUGUGGAACGGGGACAUGGUGUCAGUAUGUUUCGAACAAAGAAGACUCGAGACUUGGUUGUAAGAGGCAUCCCAGAGGCAUUAAGGGGAGAGCUCUGGCUACUCUUCUCAGGUGCUGUAAAUGACAUGGCAUCCAACCCUGGGUAUUACACUGAGCUGGUGGAAAAGUCCUUCGGAACCUGCACUUUAGCUACUGAUGAAAUUGAACGAGAUUUACGUCGCUCCUUACCUGAGCAUCCUGCUUUUCAAAGUGACACAGGAAUUUCUGCACUCAGAAGAGUUCUUACAGCUUAUGCAUACAGGAAUCCUCAGAUUGGGUAUUGUCAGGCAAUGAAUAUUUUGACAUCAGUACUUCUGCUGUAUGCCAAAGAGGAGGAAGCAUUCUGGCUUUUGGUUGCUGUGUGUGAAAGGAUGUUACCUGAUUAUUACAAUCGGCGAAUCAUCGGUGCCUUGGUAGAUCAGGCAGUGUUUGAGGAGCUCAUCAGGGUUCAUCUGCCUCAGUUGACAGACCACAUGAUGGACAUGACUUUUUUCUCCUCGGUGUCUCUCUCCUGGUUCCUUACCCUUUUUAUCAGUGUGCUGCCUAUUGAAAGUGCAGUCAAUGUGGUGGACUGUUUCUUCUAUGAUGGAAUAAAGGCAAUCUUGCAGCUGGGUCUCGCAGUGCUGGAAUACAACAUGGAGAAGUUGCUGACUUGCAAGGAUGAUGCAGAAGCAGUCACUGUUCUCAACAGAUUUUUUGACAGUGUCACUAACAAAGACAGUCCUUUGCCUCCAGCUGUGCAGCAGGGCUCCAACCUCAGUGAUACGAAGAGUGACCAUCCAAAAGUGGACAUUACUGAUUUGAUCCGAGAGUCAAAUGAAAGAUACGGUGAUAUUCGCUAUGAGGAUGUUGAGAGCAUGCGCUCCAGGAACAGACUUUAUGUCAUCCAGACAUUAGAAGCUACAACCAAACAGAAUGUGCUGCGUGUUGUGUCCCAGGAUGUGAAAUUCAGCCCUAGUGAUCUUGAAGAGCUUUAUGAAUUAUUUAAGAAGGAGCACUUUCUUUCCUGUUACUGGAGUGUCAAUAGUCCUGUCUUGCAACAUCAUGAUGCCAGCCUGCCAUAUCUUGACCAGUAUCGGAUUGAUUGCCAGCAGUUCAGGCUUCUCUGUCACCUCUUGAGCCCCUGGUCACACUGUGCCAACAGAGACUCGCUUGCACUAUGGACAUUCAGACUGAUGGAUGAGAGCUCCCACUGCCUUAUAAACUUCAAACAAUUUGCCUGUGUUCUUGAUACCAUGUAUAAUGGGAGUUUCACUGACAAACUCAAGCUGCUUUUUAAGUUGCACAUUCCUCCUGCAUUUACUGAAGUAGAAUCUCUGAGCCCUUCCAAAGGUGAUGAUCUUUCAAGAGAGGAGCUGAUACACUUCAGCCAGCUCACUGCUCCAUCUGUUGGGGAUAGUCUUGAAAGUGACUCUUUAAAGGACAGCCCAGAAAAAGGGAAGGGGAAAGUUGAUAUCCAGGCAUAUCUGAAGCAGUGGCAAGAUGAACUUAUUAAAAAAGAAGAAAACAUUAAGGAUUUGCCACGAAUGAAUCAGUCUCAGUUCAUCCAGUUCUCAAAAACUCUGUACAAUCUGUUCCACGGGGAUCCUGAGGAGGAGCUGUUGUACCAGGCUAUAGCGGUGGUUACCAGCCUCCUGCUGAAAAUGGAAGAAGUUGGGAGAAAGCUGCAGAGUCCCACAUCAGCUGUGGAAAGUCCAGUUGCCAUUACGGAGGUGCCUGCUGAAAUGCUCGGAAAGGGGCAGACUGAAAGCAGCUCUGAGCAGACUGAAAGCAGUAGAACACAGAGUUUGAGUGGGAACCAUGAAUGGUCUUUUGCCUUUGAACAGAUUCUGGCAUCCUUAUUAAAUGAGCCAGCCUUUGUGAGAUUUUUUGAGAAACCUCAUGACAUAAAAGUUAAAAUAGAGAGUGCUAAAAAUUUACAACUUAAAGCAAGAACCAGAGUGUAGCUUGCUUUAGCUUUGGCUCUGAAUUAACUACCCUUAGAAAUGAAGGUUGUUCAUGUGGAAAUUGAGUCUGCUGUUUACACAGGGAACAGAUUUUGAAGAGUUAGGUUUAAAUACUAGAUUACUGGUAUGUAAUGUAAAUAAAAAUAGC